AAAAUGCCGACUGAGUUCGAGAAAGACUGUCUGGCGGCGCACAACCGGUACAGGGCGGAACACGGGGUACAGCCGCUCAAACUCAGCAAGGCGCUCACCAAGCAUGCGCAGAAGUGGGCCGACCAUCUGGUGAAAUGCGGCUCGUUCCAGCACAGCGGUAACCAUGACUACGGAGAAAACAUCGGCAUGAAGUGGAGCUCCAACAACGAAGCUGUAACAGGCGCCUCCAUAGCGGAGAUGUGGUACAGUGAAAUUGAGAAGUACGACUUUAGGAAGGGUGGACAUCAGCCGGGGACAGGCCACUUCACCCAGGUGGUGUGGAGGGGGAGUCAGGAGUUCGGGGUUGGAGUGGCGACCGACGGGAGAGGGAAAACCAUCGUGGUGGGGAACUACUACCCGCCUGGAAACAUGCUGGGGGACUUCGACGAUAACGUGCUGCCUCCGGGGUCCCCUCCCAAAGAAGGCCACUCCAAACCACGUGAUCCGUCGCCUAGCAACCGUUGGGACGAUCAACCGUCAAAAGGCAACUUUCGCCCGAUACCUACGUCACGUCCGUCCAGAAGGAGCCCCUCCCCGGAACAUACGUGUGGCAAAGUUGAUGCAGGUGAUUUUGCGGAAGACUGUCUCGCCGCACAGAACGACUACCGACAGAAACACGGAGCCCCACCCCUCAAGAUGAGUGCCAAAUUAUGCACGCAUGCGCAGCAGUGGGCGGACCGCCUGGUGAAGUCCAACACCCUGCAGCACAGCGGUAACCAUGACUACGGGGAAAACAUCGGGAUGAAGUGGAGCUCAGAUAACAAACCUGUCUCAGGCGCUUCCAUCGCGGAGAUGUGGUACAGUGAGAUCGAGAAGUACGACUUUAGGAAGGGCGGGCACCAGCCGGGGACAGGCCACUUCACCCAGGUGGUGUGGAGAGGGAGUCAGGAGUUCGGAGUUGGAGUGGCGACCGACGGGAGAGGGAAAACCAUCGUGGUGGGGAACUACUACCCGCCUGGGAACAUGCUGGGGGACUUCGACGAUAACGUGCUGCCUCCGGGUUCUCCUGUAAAAGGAGGCCAAUCAAAGCCACGUGACCCGUCGCCUAGCAACCGCUGGGACGACAAGCCGUCAGGAGGAAACUUCCGGCCGACGCCUACGUCACGUCCGUCCAGGAGGAGCCCCUCCCCGGAACAAAGUCGAGGUGAUUUUGCGGAAGACUGUCUCGCCGCACAGAACGACUACCGACAGAAACACGGAGCCCCGCCCCUCAAGAUGAGUGCCAAAUUAUGCACGCAUGCGCAGCAAUGGGCCGAACGCCUGGUGAAGUCCAACACCCUGCAGCACAGCGGUAACCAUGACUACGGGGAAAACAUCGGGAUGAAGUGGAGCUCAGAUAACAAACCUGUCUCAGGUGCCUCCAUAGCGGAGAUGUGGUACAGUGAAAUUGAGAAGUACGACUUUAGGAAGGGCGGGCAUCAGCCGGGGACAGGCCACUUCACCCAGGUGGUGUGGAGGGGGAGUCAGGAGUUCGGAGUUGGAGUGGCGACCGACGGGAGAGGGAAAACCAUCGUGGUGGGGAACUACUCCCCGCCUGGGAACAUGCUGGGGGACUUCGACGAUAACGUGCUGCCUCCAGGAUCGCCAUUGGAUGACAGAGGGAAAGGAGACGGCAAGACGACCAAUGACAGUGACCGACACAACAGGCCAGGCAGACACUCACCGAGUUUGAACGGGCCAGGGAACAAGGCCCCACAUACUUGCCAUGCUGGUUCUGACGACUUCCAGGAUGACGCACUCCGGGCGCACAACUCCUACCGGGCCAACCACGGCGCACCUCCACUCAACAUCAGCGCCAAGCUGUGCGAGCAUGCGCAGAGGUGGGCUGAUCACCUGGUGAGGUCCAACACGCUGGGUCACAGCUCCACCCGGGAGUACGGGGAAAACGUCGGGAUGAAAUGGAGCUCCAACAACGCACCCGUGUCUGCUCAGUCCGUGGUAGACAUGUGGUAUAACGAGUCCGAAAAAUACAACUUCAAGAAGGGAGGGCACCAGCCUGGGACCGGUCACUUCACCCAGGUGGUGUGGAAGGGGAGCCGUGAGCUGGGGAUGGGUCGGGCAGAGGACGGGAAGGGGAAAACCAUCGUGGUGGCCAACUACUUCCCGGCGGGAAACAUGCUGGGGGACUUCGACAACAACGUGCUGCCUCCGGGGUCACCAGUGAAAGACACCAAACCCUCCCGACCCUCCCAAAAAGAUCCGGACAGACCUGGUCGUAAGGACAAACCGCACAAGCCGAAACGCAAAGGAUCACGGUCGUCAUCAUCAUCGUCUUCUUCCUCCUCCUCCUCCUCCUCUUCCUCUUCUUCUUCGUCAGAAUCGUCAUCAGAUGAAGAAAAUAUCCGGGAGGAUUUUGUGGAGGAGUGUGUGAGGGUGCACAACGAGUACCGAGGCCUGCACGGAGUCAAGCGUUUGAAGCCCAAGAAAAAGUUGUCCAAGCAUGCGCAGAGGUGGGCCGACAAGCUGGCCAGGAGCGGCAAGUUCGAGCACAGCGGAAACGACGACUACGGAGAGAACAUCGGCAUGAAGUGGAGCUCGAAAGAAGAAAUGGCGUCAGCAAGGGACAUCGUUGACAUGUGGUACGAGGAAAUUCAGAAGUAUAACUUCAACCGAGGAGGACAUCAACCGGGAACAGGUCACUUCACGCAGGUGGUGUGGAAGGCGAGUCGGAAGCUGGGUGUGGGCGUGGCUAAGGACGGCAAAGGGACAACCAUCGUGGUGGCCAACUACCUGCCUGCCGGGAACUUUCUGGGCAAGUUCGACGAAAACGUCACCAUGCCUGUCGGCACAACGACCAAGAAAACAUCUGACCUGAAGCUUUACGAUCCAUCCAAGCGCCCCCUGGCGUCACACAAAGGUAAAACAGACGACAAGAAGCGUCCGUCAUCAGGGAGUACCGGGGUUAAGUCCCAGUCUAUCGGCAAUGGUGGUGGUCGGGAGGACAAACCUAGGCCUGUGCGGGAUUCGCUCGGUGGCGGGAAACAGUUCGGUGCACCUGGAGCAAAAGUUAGUUCGUGCGGUGAAGGUGUUAAAAGAGACUUCCCCGAAGACUGUCUGGAAGCUCACAAUGAGUACCGCGCGCGGCACGGCGCCCCGCCCCUGGUCAUGAGCCCCACGCUCUGCCUGCAGGCCAGGAUGUGGGCCGACAAACUUCUCAGGUCCAACACUCUCGAGUAUAGUCCAAAGGAUCAGUAUGGACAAAACAUCGGCAAGAUGGUCAGUUCCGGAAGCGGAGAACUUUCAGGUCACUUCACGCAGGUGGUGUGGCGAUCGUCCCGCGAGUUCGGGAUCGGGAAGGCGACAGACGGGAGAGGCACGGCGGUCGUGGUUGGGUACUACUACCCUGCCGGGAACUUUGUUGGCGAGUUCGAAAACAACGUACUGCCCGAACAACACUGAGAGUGACUGUCUUAACUAGCAGUGUUGACUCAUAGUGUGUUUUUAGAAGAUUUUGAGAACUGAAUAGUAGUAGUUGUCGGAAAUUGAUUUUCCACCAAUUUAAUCCAGUUUUAUUUGUAUUUUAUCGUUAUUGUAUAUGCUGAUCACAGAAGAUAAUUUAUAUGAAUGACUACUAUUAUGUACUGUCGUACUGCAACAUUUUCUGUAGUAAGUCCUGUACAUACCUUUUAUUUUCUCGAGGCACUUUCAUCAUUUCUGUCUUACACAAAUGUUUUACUACUAUCUGACCUAACAAAAGGUUUGGCUGUAUAUGUCCUUAUUAGGUUAACGGUUAGGUAAGUGUCCAAAGUUGUCAUGAGAAAUUGGAUAUGGUCUCUAAACAGAUGUUGGGAGAAAUACUAGUAUCAUAAUGUUUCUGGGGCUUCUCUGGCGGUCCUUUGCCAAAUAUGAGCAGAUAAACGGUUGAGUAAAAGGACGAAGAUGUUUAAGUAAAGCAAAUGAUGCUCAUAUAUAUCAUUACCCUACUCAUAACGUACAAUAUGUGAUGUAUAUCGGAAUGUAGGUGGCGCUUCGAUGGGCAGACAUGGUGUUAUUUGUACUCAUCGCGCUGCGCUUUCAAAGCAUCCUUUUUAUGUAAUCUUGUGUCUUAAAGGUUAUUCUAAAUGUAUAUAAAGAUGCCUUGGACUAUUUGCGAAACUGUUACUGACUGUAACCCUAAUUUCCUGUUUAUUUUGAUAUUUUACAAGUCGGGAGUGCAUACCCUAUUAGAGCCUAACCUGCAGUACCGCUCCCGGCCGCCUCUAGAAAAGUGGCUAAAACGACCGUCAAAUU